CACCACUUGCUCGUUUCUCUUGCGCCCCGGUCCAAGAUGGCGGACGAAGCCACACGGCGUGUUGUGUCUGAGAUCCCGGUGUUGAGGACUAACGCCGGACCUCGAGAUCGGGAGUUAUGGGUGCAGCGACUCAAAGAGGAAUACCAGUCUCUUAUCCGGGUGUUUGCUCUUCUGGAUGUAGGGGAGGUAGUCAAGAGGAAUUCCUGGGGCCCUACACCCCGGUCCGCAUCUCUCUGCUCUUUCCUUCACUCGAACGGAACAUAUUCGAGCUGAAAAUUCAAUAUGUGGAGAACAACAAGAAUGCGGACAAUGAUUGGUUCCGACUGGAGUCCAACAAGGAAGGGACCCGGUGGUUUGGAAAAUGCUGGUACAUCCAUGACUUCCUCAAAUAUGAGUUUGACAUUGAGUUUGACAUUCCUAUCACAUAUCCCACUACUGCUCCAGAAAUUGCAGUCCCUGAACUGGAUGGAAAAACAGCAAAGAUGUACAGGGGUGGAAAAAUAUGCCUGACUGAUCACUUUAAACCUUUGUGGGCUAGGAAUGUGCCCAAAUUUGGACUAGCUCAUCUCAUGGCUCUGGGGCUGGGUCCAUGGCUGGCAGUGGAAAUCCCCGAUCUGAUUCAGAAGGGCGUCAUUCAGCAUAAAGAGAAAUGCAUCUAGUGAAGGAUCAAGCCACUGAGGCAGGACAGAGGGACCUUUGAUAGGAUAUGUUCCUGUUUGCCUGUGCACCACUCUUCUUACUAAGCUACCUGCUUCCCCCAACGCCCCUUCACCCAUAAUUGUUACUAAGUAGCUGCAGCAGGCAUUGCUGUAACAAGGACAGUAACCAUAUUGCUACUGAAUUUCUAAGUGAGGCUACACAGGAAGGGGAAAAGACUGGGGCUUUGGAAAACCAAAGGGCAAUUUUUAUCCCUUCUCUAGGGUGGAGCAGCAUGAGAUCCUGGAGGGAUAGGGGUGACUGAAAGUGGGUACAUAGUCUUUUUGUUUUCUGAAGAUAACUCAUCAAUAAAAGCUGCUUCCUCUUG